UCACGGUUCUCUCGCUACUACGAACAUCCCUCCCAGAAUUAUAGUUCAACCUGCAGAAUUUUAAGCAAAAUGGCGACAGUAUAAUGGAUGGAGGACGAAAAACGAACAGUGUCAAGUGUAAUAACUAACUUGUGAAUUGUUACAGUUUCCUGCGCUAAGGAGGCAACCUGCAAUUCUACGCUGACCAAACCCCUGACAAAGAGGUGCCACAUUGAUCGGAUGCGUCGGUCAAUGAAGUGCUAUCGUCUCAUCACAAGGUCGUUUUUUUGAAGAUUAUUUCAGUGAAACCAAUGUUUUGGAAGAGACUGAGUGUGUUGCAGAGAUGGCUGAUCUGAAGCCAAAUGCACAAGAGGACAAAGAUGUGGAACCAGAAUCUGACAGCUCAGGUCCCACCCAGGAACCAUUACACAGCCACCCGCUCUCCCUUAAGAACCAUGCUUCAGGUCUGUCAGAGCAGCUGUCCUCGGACGCACGCCGAAACCUUUUAAAUGGAGCCCAGCCGAAUCCAUUUGUAUACAACAGUGUCCCUGCUGUUCCCCACGCAGGCAAUUCGUUGCCUUUAGGAGCACGUGUUAAUGGACCUGGUUCACACCCCACCUCAGAGGAGAGCUGUGUCCUGAACAAAGGCAGCAUUUUACCCAACAAUGUCCUGGAUACGGCACGGCAACCGGAGGAGGACACAGGCCUUCAGGUGUUACCGCCACCCAUCGUGCUUCAAUCAGACGCUCGGAGAAAGACAGCGGGGUGUCUUCUGAAAACACUGCCCACGCAGCCGGGCGCCAUCACGCAACCGGGCGCCACCCCGCCGCCGUCUGACACCGAGAAGAGCGCGGCUGAACUUCUCCUUGCCCCUCCCCCGGGCCGCGGUCCAGACCAAACACGCGUUAGCCAAAUCUCGACGAACAAAAGAAUAGACGCAGGCUCGAUGUGGGAGUUUGACACGGAGUCGUCGGAGAGCUCCUCCGAUGACCCCAACGACGAGGACGAAGACGCGAACUGGGACCCUCAGAAGGAGCUCAUGCGCUUCUUGUGGAACGGCCACGCCGUAAACAGAAGCCUCGAGGAAAAUUCCGGAAGCCCCCGUUACGUGAGCCAAAGACGGAGGAAGCACAACAUCCACACGCCCUCACGCCAACACAAAGAAAGACGUUACUACGGCAAUGACGCAAACGAAGAUACGCAUAUCGACGCCAAUGAGGAAGACGACCACGAUUUUAAAUCUGCGGUCGCCGCAGCUUACAAAGGUUGCGAUAAGGACAAUCAAGACGACAUCGGCAGCACGAAACCGAAGAAACUGAAAAAGGAUCCGUCCGAACAGGAGCCGCCCUGCUUUCCAUUCACAAAGCGCAGUGUUCAUAUCAAGGAACAAAGGCAUUUGCAUAAACACAUGAUAUAUCAUUUAGAUGUGCGUAAUCAGGUGCGCCAAGAGAACGUCCCGCGACCUUUCAUAUGCAGAGAGUGUGGGCGUUCGUUUCGCGAUCACAGCUCCCUCUCGAAGCACAUGAUUAUCCACCAGGAACGACGGGAGAAACUCAUGGAGGAGAUCAAGGGACUCAGCCAGCGUCCGGAUGAGGGCAAGGGGGCCUGGCUGCAGUGCCCCCGGUGUGUGUUUGGUUCAAACUGCCCCAAUGCCUUCGUCCAGCAUGCCAAGACCCAUGGCGAGGGAGGUAGGGGCCGCCACAGCUGUAAAGAAUGCAACCAUGAUGCUCUGACGGAACAAGGCCUCAAAGCACACAUGCACAAAGUGCACUUUAAAACACACAGUAACACGUUCUCGAGCGAGGAGGACUCGAAGAUAGCCAUGUUUUGUGACGAUCCGGGUCCUGCUCUCUUUCACUGUAAAGGGUGUCCGUUCACCUCCCACAAUGAAAAUAGCCUCAAAAUGCAUUUGCGGUUGAUACACAAGGAGAUGUCUGAUGAGGAAUAUGAGAAUGCGCUUUCUGGCAAAGUGUCCAACUACAAAGAAUCAAUGUGCAAUAUAGAUGAGGUAGCUGACCAGUCCAAAAAUGCUGAUUUAAAACCAUUGCAGCUAAAGCCAAAGUUCUGUGUGAAAAAAACAGCCUUGUGGAAAGCUGCAGACUUGGCCUUAUGGACUAGUAGUAAAGCUGACUUUCACAUGAGGAACCCAGACACAGAGGAGUCGUACAAAGGUCUCGACUCCUCACAGUUCAAGCACAGUCUCGGCAGCUCAACAAACAAGCUGUCACAAUCUUUGCAGAGGAGUGACAAGCGGAGCAAAUUAUCUCUGCAACCGCACGAGAAAAUUGACGUGACAACAGGUCUCCCUUUUGUCGAGGAAGACAAUCAAGAGAAAGACCACAUAGGCGUCACGGAAAGGACAAAAUAUCCCUCGAACAUGGAUGUGCUGCUCACAUCCAAGACUGUUAAAUCCGAUCGGAUAUUCUGUCAUGGCUACAACUCUGACAGUCGGCAUGGAGACUGUGACUUAGCUGGCAGGAAUGUCGAAGAACAAGCUGUUUUCCAAAAGUCCUUAUCCAAAAGAAAAAUGUCAACGCCGUUGCGCAACGCUAUCGACAGGAGGGUUGAUGAUGCCUUACCGAGACUCCCCCAAAGGUCAAAGGGAAACGCCGCUCCUGAGGGCGCGGACGACGAAGACACGUACGACUUCAGCGACUACACCGGCGAGGCCACGGCACACUUCCUGGACAGCAACGAGAACGAGAAGAACCCCUACGCCCGCAGCUACUUCAUACGGAGACAGAGGGCCGCGGUUGAGGAGGACGCCGCCCCGGCCGACGACCCGUUCGAAAGGACCGACAGGGAGGACGACGACAGCAGCAACAUACAGCAGCUCGUCGUCAAGGAGGAGUGUAUAGAGAGCGCUGUUAGCGACGAUUUCCCGCCUUCGCUGGCCGCGCCCCCUCAUAGCGAGCCCUCGGAGAUGCCAUCCUUGUUGGGGACAGAGCAGAAGUCGUGUCCCUACUGCCCGGCAACGUUCGAGUCUGGAGUGGGCCUGUCCAAUCACGUGCGAGGACACCUCCAUCGAGUGGGGCUGAGUUACGACUCUCGUCACAUGGUUUCACCGGAACAGGUGGCGUCACAGGACUGUAAACCCCGCAUCCGCAGAAAGAUUCCUUCCGUGUCGAGGAGAGUCAAAAGAGCUGACAAGCCAGAGUCCCAAGGUGAGCACACCUGCCCCUUGUGCUGGGGCUGGUUCGAUACCAAAACCGGUCUGUCCAAUCACGUGAGGGGACACCUGAAAAGAAUAGGUACGACGAUCCCCAGCACCAGUAAGUCCCCUCUGUGCAUCCUCAACGAGCUGCUCCGGAACGAGAAAGAACACCAGAACGUUCUCCAGCUCCUAAACAGGAAGCAGUCCCGGUCUCGCCCCUUCGUCUCCCAGAAGUUCAUCGGCAGCGACGGGCUGUUCCUGAUGCCUACAGGCGUCCCGGUGAAGAUCCAACACGGCGUCCGGGCCGGCGCUCCGUGGGGGGGCGGUUUACCUAAAGAGGAGACAGAGGAUCUCUCCGACAAGGGGGUUGAGUCGCAGGCCCGGAGGGGGACUCCGUCCUCGUCCAGCACUCUGGUGGAGCUGCUGAAGAGGAGGAGAAAUCAGGAGCUGGAGGCCAGAGACGGAGUCAGGAAGCACUACACCGUGACCAAAGAGAACGCGGAGGGGACACAAGCAACCGGUUUGGAACCAAACUGGGCCCGUGAUGGGCCCGAAUCCAUUAAGAAGAUGUGCAUUCACUGCAAUACAAUCUUUCCUAGUGCUGUCAGCUUGUCCAAUCACCUUAGAGCUUACGCACGGAGGAAGAGGGUCGCAAUGCUAGAAGGCACAAGCUAUGAUUGUAAACAAAAGAAGUUGAGACCAAGACCCGGGCUUAAAAAGAAGGUUUUUCCUCAGUCGAAUGCUGUGGAGCAGAUCUACAGACUGACCUGCAGAUUCUGUGACCUAGUGUUCCAGGGCCCUCUGUCUGUCCAGGAGGACUGGAUCAAACACUUACAGAGGCACCUAAUGCACAUCGGCGUUCCUCACACUGGGACAGGUAUGGUGGAGAUUCUAGGUCUCCACCAGGAGAUGCCACCAUCGUCCAAUGAGGAGCCUGGACCGGAGCAGCACACGUUGCUGUCCAAUGAGGAGCCUGGACCGGAGCAGCACACGUUGCCGUCCAAUGAGGAGCCUGGACCGGAGCAGCACACGUUGCCGUCCAAUGAGGAGCCUGGACCGGAGCAACACACGUUGCCUAUGGGGCUUCCAUUGGUCUCCUGAACCACAGGGCUGUUUACACAUCCACUCUAUCACUUUAGAUCGAUCCUGCACAUGUAUAUUAUGGAUAGAUGCUGAGAAGUACUAUAUAAACGGACAAUGUUAGCGGUUAUAAAAGUGUUUAAGUCUUUCCUAUGAUGCACAAGGAGCUUCUUCUUCCUCUUUUGUAUGACCUCCCUUAGAAAAUAUACCUUGAUAGAUAACCAAACAUAUAUUGUUAAAUAUUUUAAGCGGUUGUGAUACAAAAAGCCUAUUAUCAAAGUUGCUUUUAGAGCAGCAGUCACAAAUUGUAUAUCAAAUGAUCUGCGCUUACUGUGUGCUGUAAAAAUGCAAUCUAUAAGCGAGGUUUUCAUAAUCUCACGCUGAAUAAUCGUUCCAUUUGUACAAUGCAACAAUGGCACACACAGUGUGUCUUGCUUCCUGUUUUUUGCACUUUAGCAGUCUGCUUGAAUUCAUUACCAAAAGAGACAACUCACACCUCAGCAUUGCUAGGAAUGCUUUGUCCACUUAGAGUAGCCUUAUAAGAUCCAAAAAUAGUGAACAGGGUCGGUUAUAUAUGUGUUAACGACUCAUUACUAAACUAAAGUACUUCCUGUCAGUUAAAGAUGUCUGAUUUUCCUCAAGAAUUAUGAAGAAAAUGUUGUUUAUCAAACAGAAACACUUUUUUUUUGUUUCUUCAAGUGGGUCUACAUAUCCCAUACCUCUAGAUUUUAGUGCUUUAAGUUUCCAGUCAGCUGAAAAAACUAUUCCAAAUUGUUUAUUUAAAGCACAUUAUUUUCGGCAAUUAAUCGAUGCUGUAGCUUCACCAAGCACAACAUUUCCAUGGUGCUAGUAAAAGGCAUAUAUUCGUCUUUACUCAUCAGGAUGUUUCAGAGAAGUAAACGCACACCAUCAAGAACUGGCUUCAGAAAACGCUCAAUAGUUUUGUAAGUCAACUUCUGGACUAAAACAGGUGUAAACAAACUAAGAUGUUCUAUGAAUGCCAAUACCAGGACCUCAUCCUCUUACCUUCUAGAGGCUUCUUAUUCCUGUCUAGGCCUGAAACCACAAGUAGAAACUGUGGCUUUUGUACAGAAUGCUCAUUUAUCCUUCAUCUUGGAUGUAUGAUGCUGGCAGAAUAUACAGUACCAUGUAUCAAGCAAUCUGUAGAAGUAUUACAGGCAGUAAGAUAAACUAUUGUAAUAAAAUCUCAAGAAUAUGAAAUAUGUAAGAUAAUGGUGUUCCAUCCAACCAUCCAAAUGGUUUUGUACAGUAUGCACACAUAAAAAGCACAGGCGUACUAUGGUAACCAAAAUGUAUAUGUGUACACAGUCGAUUGUGUGCUGGCAGGAAGUGAUGGUAACCAAAGAUAGGGUCUGGCUUACCGCCCCAAUGUCUGCAUGAAAUCCCUGCUCUCUGAUUCCUUGGUGAAUCAUACAAGAUUUGUAACCCUUCUUCAGAAUUGUUUCCAUCCUUCAUAUUGUGUCUUUUGUGUCCUUGGUCGGGCCAGAGUCUGUCCCCGGAGGGACAUGUGACUUGAUGACAUCUGCCAUUUUUUUUUUUACCUUUUGUUGUUAGCUUUUGAAGCGGCCCAUUUGAUAGAGCUGCUGUUUGAUAGCCACUUCUGGCUCUUCUAGUUAUCAGUGGCACAGGGGGCUAACCCCGCAGUUUAUCUUGGGCAGUAUUUAAAGCAACGAUCAAAGCUGUACAAACCAAUUGUCAUCAUGUUUUUCCAGAGGGAAUUUCGGAGUACAUUAAUGCUCUUUCUUUGGGAAAUAAUUGUGCCACUCUGUGACUUCAUUAGGUCUCCUGGCUGUUUCAAAAGAUGCUCUCCCUGGAGGUUGGAAGCCAAGUCUUCGGCAGACAGCAUCCCAAGGGGGCCGAAUGAAUAAAAUAAAAUAAAAGAGAUUAUAAUGAGA